CAUAUUUGGUUCCGGAAGAGGGCUGGAAGCGAGGUGGUGUCGCUGUGGUGGAGAAUGAGGAAUCACCAUCUAGUUAGCUUGCCGCUAUCUGUCUUCGACUAGGUGUAAUGAGCUUAGCCGUCGACAUCGGCGGAUCGUUCGACUCGUUUUGUUAUUGAGGCGCCAUGACGAUAAGCUGCUGACCACCGACGAUGGACAUAAGCGAACAAUGACGGGGGAGAAAAAGAAGAAGAAGCGGCUCAACCGCAGCAUUCUUCUGGCCAAGAAAAUUAUCAUAAAAGAUGGAGGAAGUCCUCAGGGAAUCGGCGAGCCCAGUGUCUACCACGCGGUGGUGGUCAUCUUCUUGGAGUUUUUUGCGUGGGGUCUGCUCACCACCCCCAUGCUCACGGUAUUGCACCAGACAUUCCCCCACCACACAUUCCUAAUGAACGGCCUCAUCCAUGGCGUCAAGGGUCUGUUGUCAUUUCUCAGCGCUCCGCUCAUCGGGGCCUUGUCGGACGUUUGGGGUCGCAAGUCCUUCCUGCUGCUCACUGUCUUCUUCACGUGCGCGCCCAUCCCGCUGAUGAAGAUCAGCCCUUGGUGGUACUUUGCCGUCAUCUCCAUGUCAGGUGUCUUCGCCGUCACCUUCUCUGUCAUCUUUGCGUAUGUGGCCGACAUCACGCAGGAGCACGAGAGGAGCACGGCGUACGGCUUGGUGUCGGCCACAUUCGCCGCCAGCCUGGUCACUAGCCCGGCCAUCGGCGCCUACCUGUCGGUGGCCUACGGAGACACCCUGGUGGUGAUCCUGGCCACGGCCAUUGCUUUGCUGGACAUCUGCUUCAUCCUGGUGGCCGUGCCCGAGUCACUUCCCGAGAAAAUGCGGCCGGCGUCGUGGGGCGCACCCAUCUCAUGGGAACAGGCCGAUCCCUUCGCCUCUCUACGCAAAGUGGGCCAGGACUCGACGGUGCUGCUCAUCUGCAUCACAGUGUUUCUCUCCUACCUCCCCGAGGCGGGCCAGUACUCAAGCUUCUUCCUCUAUCUCAGACAGGUCAUCCGCUUCUCAUCGGAGACGGUGGCCGCCUUCAUCGCCGUAGUGGGGAUCCUCUCCAUACUAGCUCAGACGGUGGUGCUGGGCAUCUUGAUGCGCUCCAUCGGGAACAAGAACACCAUCCUGCUGGGCCUCGGCUUUCAGAUCCUCCAGCUGGCCUGGUAUGGCUUCGGCUCGCAGCCCUGGAUGAUGUGGGCCGCUGGCGCUGUCGCGGCCAUGUCCAGCAUCACGUUCCCCGCCAUCAGCGCCAUUGUGUCUCGGAACGCUGACCCAGAUCAACAAGGCGUGGUCCAGGGCAUGAUCACGGGGAUCCGGGGCCUGUGCAACGGCCUGGGCCCGGCGCUCUACGGCUUCGUCUUCUACCUUUUCCACGUGGAGCUGACCGACACAGACGCCUCGGAGAAAGGCGCCAAACCUAACAUGGCCAAUCCCACGGAUGAGAGCGCCAUCAUCCCAGGCCCUCCCUUCCUAUUUGGCGCCUGCUCGGUGCUGCUCUCCCUGCUGGUGGCGCUGUUCAUCCCCGAGCACACGGGGCCUGGAGCUCGCCCCGGCGCCUACAAGAAGCACAGCAACGGGGCUCAGAGCCACUCGCACAGUCCGCAGGGCAGCGGGGCCGAGGGGAAAGAACCUCUGCUGGAUGACAGCAGCGUAUAACCUCGAACCACAUUUUGAACUUGUGUGUGUGUGUGUGUGUGUGUGUGUGCGUGUGUGUGUGUGUGUGUGUGUGUGUGUGUGAGAGGGUGUGUGAGUGGCGCUGGGGUUUCAAUCUGUUACUAACUCGUCACAUGCUGCCAGUCAGGGGGAGAUACUUACCGGGGAGCCGGCAGACCACUGUAGAAACCACUCGGAUCAGCUCAAAGCUCUCGUCUUCGUCUUUUUUUCGUCAUCACUGCUUACUAGUGUUGCAAAUGGGUGGAAAAUUUCCAGUAAACUUUCCAUGGCGAGUUAAGAUGGGGAAUUACGGAUAUAAUAAGCAUAAAUAGCAACGUUUAGUUUUGUCAUAAGAAGACAUCAAUGCCAAAAGGAUAACAGUAUAUAAUUUAAAAAACAAAACAAAAAAAAACCCCAUGGCAUUUCAACGGAUUUAUUUGUAUUACGAACUUUAUCAAGUUUUAAAUAUUUUAUUGAAUGACCAAAGCUUUCAUUGAAGGACAAAAACCUGAAUGUUGAGUUGAGAACUGCUCAUGCCCCCACCAAAUCCAUUCAAAAACUAACAAAAUACACACCCCCUCCAUCCAAAAAUACCAAAAUUCCCAUUUAACAUGUAAAUGAAAAAGCAUCUUCUCUCAAACCUUUUAAGCCUAGCCUUAAACCGUUUCACACCACAUGGUCAUAUUCUACUUUACUUGCAUGAAACCUGCUGGUUUUAGUCAGGAUGCUUAAAUAUAGUUUCCCCAACCAUAUUUGCGUUCACUAAUAAGUGCCAACCUUCAUUUUGUAAAUUUCUGUUAAUUCCUAUAAAUUCCCAUGGAAACUUUCCAACUUUGAAAAUUUUCUGAAUUUUGCAACCCUACUGUUGCCAUUCAUUCUCAUUAGAGACACACACACACACACUGACUGUACACUUUGUUGUUUUCCCCACUUUUUUAAAUCAACAAAUGUUGCCUUGAAGUGACUUCGGAUAAAUAUAAUAAAUAUAUAGAUUUAUAUGGAUAUUACGUAACCUGUAUGACGACCGCGGUCUGAGAAGGCGCUGUAAUCUGAUCAUAUUGCUCCCAUCGGAGCCCCAAAACGUCUUUUUUUUUUUUUUUUUUUUUUUUUUUAGCCCCACUUUCUGCCUUCCAUCAUUCAUUUAACCAAAUUUCCCACAUUGCCUCUCUGUUUUGCCCCACUUAAUGCCUUGUGCCACAAUUUUGCCCCCUCUUCCUGCCUUGUUUUUGGUUUCCCCAACAUCCUCCCUGGUGUUUAAAAUUUAUGCCAUAUUACUGCCCCCCCCCCCACCUUGCGCCUAAAUUUUCAACUACGUCCUCCCUUGUCUCCAUCACAGGUUAUAUUUUAUGCAUCUAGACUGAAUACAUACUAAAAAUCAUGACGUAUUGCCAUAUAUAUGGACAUAUUCUAUAAACUCCCAUGAAAAAAAAAAAAAAAAAAAAAAGUACCCAGGACCUCUUUUAGGCCCACAACCCCCAGAUUGGGAACCCUCACUCUCAAACUGGAGUCGGUUAAGCGUGAUGUCGCUCAAAUGUGUUAAAAAAUGUAUUUGUUCCAAGCUACAGUAGCUUCUUAAGCUAUCGGUUAGCUUUUACGGCUGCAUUUCUCUUCAGCUUCAUUAACCUCUUUUUUUUUUUUUUUUUUUUUUUUGUGUCAGUGGAAAAGUUUCAAGUGCAUUUCAAGUCACUCGCCAACCAUAUUUAACAUUUGUGCCAAUGUCUUUUUUUUUUUUGUUUAGUUUUUUUUGUGCUUGUUUUUGUUGUCUUAAUCUGUUGUUGUUUUUUUUAUCUAUAUAAAUAUGUAUAGCCUUUUAAAAUGGUUUGUUUUUUAGGAAUGGUUUAAAAAUGGGACGUCCAUUUCCUUUCACAUGACAAGCAUUUCACUUUGGUUAGUGACAUUUUUGUUUUAAAUGCACAUUCUUUUUCUGUCUCAGAACGUUCUAAAAUGAAAUGUGCAGUGGGGAGAGGGCCAUAUUAUGGCCCCCCUGCAAAUGUUUGAUGCACCCCGCCAUACAAUUAUUAUUUUUUUACCUUAUAACAAAAAGGGGGUGUUAUAUGACACCUUUUUUGACAGUAAUUGUUUUGUUUUAUUCAUAUACUGGACCAAAAUGUACAUUCGGAGCUACACAGUGUAAAGCCUGAGCAGACUGUAUAAGUGACCUAAAAUUACAGAUUUUGGAAGCCUCCUUUUUUAUUUUCUUUCUCUGUAUGGGUGGCUCUGAUUGCACAUUUGAACGUACUACAAAGAAACAGAAUAUGAAAACUCACCCACCCUCCUCCUCUUUCUCUGUGUGCCUAAAAUUAGCCAAGAAAUGAGUAAUGGCGACAUUUAAGUCGAGGUGGUUAUGAUGUAAAUAUGGGAAACUAAUGAAGCUAUUUAUUAAAGGUUUAUUGUACAAUUCAA